UCCGCAGCAUGGGUGCUUCUUUAAAAGUAUAGACAGUUUAGCGUUAUUUCGAGUUACACAGAGUAUUUUAUAAAAAAAUAUUACUUUAGAAUAUAAUUAUGCGGAUUUAGACGACGACGUCGAGUACUCGCGUGAUGUUCGCCAGUCGGUUGUUGCGGUCGCACCUGCAGCGGCGGUGUCGUACCUACGGCCAAUCGCCGGCUAUUAAGAACGACGUGUUGGACAGAAUCGUGUACAACUCUGUGUUGCAGGGUAAGAAGACCGUGAAACACUGGUCUAACGUGCGGGAGAAGUCCAAGAAGCAAAGGCUCGAGGAGAUGAUGUGCGAUAUCGAGCCCGUGUCAUUGCAAUAUUUGGACGGGUAUGCCGUAGCAAACGAAACCGCAGAACGCAGAGUCCCAGAAGUGUCAAAAGACAGUCCCCAUAAUUUUCCGUACAGUAUUGUUAGUAAAAUCGUCGCUGAUAAGAAUGCCGAUAAACAGACGGAAGACAACGAAGACAAUGAAAUAAAUUAUGAUUACGAGCUUAACGAGUUGAUGACUAAAAAUUGGAUGAGCGAUUACGAGUGUUAUGAAGAAAGAAAUCUAGAAGAGGAAAACAGCAUUCCUUCAUGGACUUCAGAGUAUGGUACACCCGAUCCAUCUAUACAAAUCAGCGACAUACCGUGUGGUGGCUGUGGAGCGUUGUUGCAUUGUCAGAACUCAUCGAUACCUGGUUACUUGCCCAGCGAGUUGUUUUGUCACUGUGAACCCGAAGAUCUCCGAACUAUGGUAUGCCAACGAUGCCAUUUCAUACAAAAAUAUAACACAGCUUUAGCUGUUCAAGUCGACCCUGUUGAAUAUCCAAAGCUAUUGUAUCCUAUCAAAAAGAAACGAGCAUUAAUCAUUCUAAUGGUGGAUUUGACAGAUUUCCCUUGCAGUAUUUGGCCAAAUAUAAUGGAGUGUAUUGGCAUUAAUAAGCCAGUAGUUGUUGUAGGUAAUAAAUUAGAUUUGUUACCUGGUGAUUUCCCUGGAUGGGUUGAACACGUAAAGAAAUCAUUGGUUCAAAGCAUUCCAAAAGAAGUCAAUAUUAAACACGUGACUGUUGUUAGUGCGAAAACAGGAUUUGGCAUCGAAGAAUUAAUCAACAAAUUACAUUCACUUUGGCUAACUAAAGGCGAUGUUUAUUUGAUCGGAUGUACUAAUGUUGGAAAAUCAACAAUGUUUAAUACUUUAUUACAAUCAGAUUAUUGUAAAGUAAAAGCUAUAGACUUGGUGCAAAGAGCAACUACAUCACCCUGGCCUGGUACCACAUUGAAUCUACUAAAGUUUCCAAUUAUGCGACCAUCUAAUUGGAGAUUGUAUAUGAGGACUCAACGUCUUCAAUAUGAAAGAAAAGAAAGAAUUUUAGAACAACAACUAGAUGCUGACCAAAGACGUUCUUUAAAAUUGAAAAUUAAUGAUUUACCUUCAAUUAUUGGUCAAAUUGGUCUUACUUUUUAUAAACCAUCAAGUGUUAAUGAUGUUUCACAACAAAAUGAAAAUGAUCCAUUUGUUACAAGUGGAGUAAAAGUUAAUACAAAACGUGUAACCAGUAGCACAUUGGGUUUUGAUGAAAAUGAUCCGCAAUUCAAAGACAGUAAAUUCAUGUAUGAUACACCAGGCGUUGUUCAUCCAGAUCAAUCUAUCAAUUUAUUGACUACUGAAGAGCUUAUGAUGACUCUGCCCACUACUGUUAUGAAACCGAGAACAUUCAGUUUAAGACCUUUGCAAACACUGUUUGUUGGUGGUCUUGGUAGAAUUGACUGUUUGAAAACAGGAGCUAAAUUUGUUCGUUUUACUGUCUUUAGUGCUCAUACACUUCCAAUAACUGUUUGUAAUACAGAGGAUGCUGAUGAGUUGUAUGAGAAACUUUUAGGUACACAUUUAUUAGCAGUUCCGUGUGGAGGUAUUGAAAGGCUGUCCAAAUGGCCAGGACUGAGUAGUUACAAGAACCCAAUUCAAUUGACUGGUGUAAAUGAAAAAACUAGUUGCGCUGAUAUAGUUUUGUCAUCUGCAGGAUGGGUUGCUGUGACUCCAUUUGAAAAUGAUGUAUGUGAUAUACAAGCUUGGACACCCGAAAGUCGAGGUAUUUAUAUUCGUACACCACCAUUAUUAAGGUAUGCAAUUAAUCAUCGAGGACCAAGAAUAAAAUUUACUCCAACAUAUUAUCCUAAGAAGGAGUAAAUACUAUUAAUGUAAUAAUUAUUAAAAAAAAAAUCUUGGUAUAAACAAAA